UGCGCAGUCCUCUGUCUCACCUGAGACUUGUUGCUCAGAUCCGGGUGAUGUCAAUGACUGCUUGCUUGAUUUAAGAGGAUUUUUUUCCCAUUACUUAACACAGUCAAUGGACAUCAGUGAUGUUCUCGCAGACGGGAAAAUUUGAUCUAGCAAGUAAUCCAACCGGAAUGAGAACCCAAAACAAGAUGGACUUUUUACCUUGCUGAGUCUUCCAUAUCAGUCGACUUCACCAAUUUUAGAAUUUUGCUGUCUUGUGUGUCCCUAAUUUCAGCAAAUGCGAUGGGCAAAUGCUGCAAGUGCAACAGGAGGCUUCUUUGCAUGUGCUUGCUGCCUUGCAUGAUGACUGGCCACCUUCUGAUUUAUAUCAUGGUUACCAUAUUCGUCACCAUCUCCUACGCUCCCCCGAAAAUAACCAUUCACUAUAUUGCUCCAGGGAUUUCAGCAAAUUCUGGGGCCUUGGCUUCUCAUCCACUCAACCCCUUCUGGAAACUUCAUCUGGAACAGAGCGCACUGUGGAACCAGUUACAGCACUCCUUGGACCGUCACUACAAUCCAAUUCUACAAGGGAACAUGACUAUGACAUCCAGGAAGCCCAAAGCAAAACUCUCACGUCGAAUUAAUGAUGAAUGUCUCGCUGGUUGUGAGUCACACACAUGUUCAGAACACCAUCAAUAUGCUGUCAACGAUAUACCAGAACAAAUGAGGGCAUUUGUCAGGUCGAUGCAUUGCAGGAGUUAUCAAAUCCUUAUCAAUCAACCCACAAUGUGCAAAAGGAACAAGACUAAAUCUGGUUUUGACUAUCCAAUGCUUCUCAUGGCCAUUAAAUCUCAAGUGGGGAACUUUGAAAACAGACAAGCCAUCCGGGAAACAUGGGGGAGCAGCGGUUUUGUGACAGGGGAGUUCAAAAAGAAAGGCGGAUUUGUGCGUACCGUGUUUCUUCUGGGAAGGCAGGACUCGAGUACAGGACCUCAUCCGGACCUGAAAAAUUUUUUGGACCUAGAGAACCAAAAGUACGGGGAUAUCCUCCAAUGGGAUUUUACAGACUCUUUCUUCAACCUGACCCUGAAGGACUUGCUUUUCUGGCAUUGGCUCCAGCAAUAUUGCCCCACAGCUGUAUUUGUCUUUAAAGGGGAUGACGACGUCUUUGUCCGAACUGGCGCCCUACUGGAUUACUUAAACGAGCAGUGGGAAGAACGCAAACUGCAGCGGGGCCAUACAAAUGAAAUGCUCAUGGAUUUGUUUGUGGGAGAUGUCAUCAACAACGCAAUGCCAAACCGGGAUCCAUCUACUAAGUACUACAUACCAGAAAGUUUCUACAAAGGUGCCUAUCCACCUUAUGCUGGAGGAGGAGGGGUGGUUUACUCUCGUUCACUUGCAUUACGACUAAAAGAGGUGUCUGCAAGGGUUUUCCUUUUCCCAAUUGAUGAUGUUUACCUGGGAAUGUGCUUGCAAAGACUCGGGCUCUCUCCAAGUCACCACCCAGGUUUUUUAACAUUUGAUCUCCCAGACACGGACAGGGAGAAUCCUUGUGCAUACAAAUCUGUGCUGCUCGUUCACAGACGAAGUCCCAAAGAAAUGUUGACGUUAUGGCACAAGUUGCAGAAUAUGCAAUGUUGACGUUUAUGUACUGUCAAAUCGGAUUCAUUGGGAGGAAUGCAACCGUGAUGACCUGAAAUUUGAACAUUAUUUAUUUUAAGCGCCAAAAUCCUAGGAAAUGUUUCGUAUGCAAACAGCACAGUUGUCCAGUGGUUUACGUGCAUUGUUUGCAAUGACUCUCUCUGAAUGUCAACUUAGAUAAAUUCAAGCCAUCGGUGAUCCACAACAGGCUAAUAGUUUGUGUGAAUUGUCACGUAUUGCUUUUAUCAAAUAUGGAAUAAGAUGUUUGAUCUACCUACAAACAGCCUUACAAGGAUGAUACACAAAGACAUAAGUGCAUUGGUUCUAAUGUACUCAAGUUCUAAUAAUUAUCAUAUUCUUGCUGAGAUUUUUUCGUGAUUACUUGCUUUAGAAUUAAAUAUUACAUUUUGAACCUGUUCAACAUAAGCUUUCACAAUUAUGUAAGAUGAACAUGUCACUAAGAGUUAUCAUUUUGUUCUCUGUUACCAUAAUUUUGUGCGCUAAAUUAUUUUACAUACUUGUCCUAUUUAUGUUGUAUGUGUUUUAAAUUACUUUGCUUUACUUGUUUGUUAAUAAGCAUGAAAAGUUCAAAAUUGAUCUGAAUGAUGCUUGAUUUGUUCUGCUUAUCCCUUUGUCCUCUCGGGGGUUUGUCACUACAGGUGUGUGCUGUCUUUCUUCACUUCUGUGAAUGGAGGCCUGUACAUUCAAUAAAAAUACAGUGCAGUUGUCCAACUA